AUGGAUUACGGCGAUAUAGAAGAAGAUACACUGGGUAUGAUAGUCACAUCUGGCACAUGUACGUUGAAAAAAGAUCCACAAAAUUUAGUGGGGAUUAGUAUUGGUGGAGGUGCCCCACUAUGCCCGUGUGUGUACAUUGUUCAAGUAUUCGACAAUACAUCAGCAUCACGUGAUGGACUUUUAGCUGCCGGAGACGAAAUUGUAUCUGUUAAUAGUAAAUCUGUUAAAGGUCGAACAAAGGUUGAAGUUGCAAAACUAAUACAAGCGACUAAAGCAGAAGUAACAAUUCAUUAUAAUAAAUUACAUGCUGAUCAAAAACAAGGAAAGACACUUGAUAUAGUGUUAAAGAAAAUGAAACACCGCGUGGUUGAAACUAUGAGCUCGACGACGGCUGAUGCUUUAGGUCUUAGUCGAGCAAUCUUAUGCAAUGAUGGUUUAAUUAAAAAAUUAGAUGAAUUAGAGCGGACAGCUGAUUUAUAUCGGGGUCUAAUUGAUCACACACACGGAGUAUUAAAAGCUAUAUUUGAAUUAGCUCAUACACAUCGAAAUUUUGGUAAUGCCUUCGCUAAUAUUGGUGCACGAGAACCGCAACUAAAAGCAAGUGAAGCGUUCACAAAAUUUGGCGAAGCACAUAGACAAAUAGAUCGAUAUGCCAUUACAUUAUUAAGAACAGUGAAACCGAUGAUCACAGACUUAAAUACGUAUUUGAGUAAAGCUAUUCCUGACACACGUUUAACAAUUCAGAAAUAUGCUGAUGCUAAAUUUGAAUAUCUUUCGUAUUGUUUGAAAGUGAAAGAAAUGGACGAUGAAGAAUAUAGUUUUGCAGCAUUACAAGAACCAUUGUAUCGUGUUGAAACAGGAAAUUAUGAAUAUAGAUUGAUAUUACGUUGUCGACAAAUGGCACGAGAACGUUUUUCUAAAAUGCGUGCCGAUGUUUUAGUUAAACUCGAAUUACUUGAUCAAAAACAUGUUCAAGAUAUUGUCUUUCAGUUACAUCGAUUUAUAACAGCAUUAGAUAAGUAUCAUAAAGAUUGUUAUGAAACAAUGAAAGAAGCAGACAUAUUUCCAAUUGAAGUUGAUCUAACAUUACCAACGUCAAAACAUUUAACAAAUAAUGAUGAAGAGGAGGAAGAUGAGUAUGUAGGCGAUGAACUCGAAAAUGAUUAUGAACUAAAUCAAACACAAGAUACUAAAGAUGCUGAUCUAUUAAACAUCGAUUAA